AUGGUGCCCUUCUCGGAGAUCGCCGCCCUCCUCGCCGAGUGGCGCACGCCCCGGACCCGCCGCGAGCUCGCGGCCGCUGUGUUCGACGGCCUCGGCGGGCGGGAGGAGGGCGUUCUCGGCCCCGCGGCGCUGCGGCGCUUCGUGGACAUGGUCGGGCAGCGGCUCGAGGACAAGGCGGGCACCGAGGAGGAGUGGGCCGACGAGUUCCGGUCCCUCUGCGCCGCCUACGGCUGGGGCGCGGCGGGCCCCGACCGGGGCCAGUUCCUCGCCCUGGUCAGCGACGGCGCGGGGCACCUCCACUGCGACGGCGAGCUGCUCGAGCGCAUCCGAAGGCGGCGCCGCGCGCCCGCCGGAGAGCCCAGGGACGGCCCGUACGGCGCCACGGAGGGGGGCGUCUCCGUAGGGCAGGCCCUCGCGGCGGAGGGGGGCGUCUUCGUCUCCACAGGGCGGCGCGCACGGCCCGAGAGCCCCCAGGCCGACGGCGGCCAGCGCGCGCGGGACGAGGCCCUGCAGGCCCUCGCGGAGGACCCUCGAGUGCUGGGCGGAGGUGUCGACGUGGCCUGCGCCGCCUUCGCGUGCCUGCGCCAUGUGCGGAAGGUGGAGGUCGAGAAGAAGGACCGGGCGCGGCGCUGGGUGGAGCAGGAGCUCGGCCACCUGCGGGGCAGCCUUGGGCUCGGCCGCACGCCGCGGGCGGGUGGCGCUGCCGGCCGGGCGGGCUCCGCCGCCUCGGAGUCCCCGGAGCUGCGCUUCGUGGAGGCGGGCUCGCCGGCGGCGGGCGCUGCCGACGGCGGCGGGCCGCCGCCGCCGCCGCCCCUGCGCGGCGAGAGCGGGCGCGCCGGGGAGCCGCGGGAACGAGCGAGCCCCGCUCUCCGCGGCCCCGGCCUCAGCCCAGCCUUGCGCGGCGCCCGGGAGAUCAGCAUGAUCCUGUGUCAUCCCGCGUCCACUGGGCUGCUCAAUCCCGGGCUGCAGCUGGGCGAAGCCAGCGCGCGCGAGAUCCGCCACCGGCGGCCCGGCGGUUACGAGACGGCGGAGUUCGGCACGACGAGCUCCACGACAGACCCACGAGAGCAGAGCGGUUCGGUCUCCAACAUGGCGCUCAGCCAGGAAACGUUCAACGAGAUGCGCGACGCAGUGCAGCAAGCUCGACAGGACAUGCAAGAUCUACGGCAACAGAACGCCGCGCUCCAGCGACAAGCAGACCAGGCCAGAGAGCCUCAGAUCAUUAGGCGGCUCGGCGAGGUGCUCGAGCGAGUUGCAGCGCCGCCGCCGCCGCCGCCGGCCCAGCUGAUCCAAGCGAAAGAUACUGGAAAGCCACAGGCCUUCAAGAAUGAAGAGGCGAAGUUCAGCGAGUGGGAUCAGAAGCUCAACAGCUACGUGCUCAGCGUAAUCGGCGUGAACUUCCGGCCGGCGAUCGAGCGGGCGGUCGACCAGGCGAACGACGCGGUCACGCCCACCACGGCCGCUGCGGAGGAACAGUUUGUGAAUGAGGCCCCGGACGGCGAGGCAGUCGACAGGGUGGGCGAGAAGCUCUCGCAGCUCUACGCGGUGUUCGGCUCGCUCACGGAGGGCGAGUCCUUCGAUCUGGUGGUCAGCGCAAGCCAAGGCAAUGGGGCUGAAGCCCUACGAUUGCCGGUGCGACGUUGGGGCCCUACCAGCGGCGGUCGCCGCCGCGUGCUGCUCAGGAAGAUCACGGCGCCGACCAGGGUCGCGAAGCUCGAGAACUUGGCCGCAGAGGUUGUGAAAUUGAAAGAGUUGGUCAGGCGCUACGAGAGGCGCCGAGCUGACGGUCGAGACGCACGCCUAGACGACGAGAUCAAGAUGAGUGCGCUCGAGGGCCUCGCGCCGCAGGACGUCGAGAUGCACCUUGCCCAAAACCGCACCAGGCUCCAGGACUACGCCGCGAUGCGCGAGGAGGUCAGGAGCUUCCUGGAAACCAGACAGACUCAAAGAGCCCUUGGCCGGUCGAGAGGCGACCCGACGGAGAUCGACGGGUUCAUCCGGAGAGGCGGCGGCAAGGGCAAGCACGGCAAGGGCAAGGGCAAAGAUGACAGGGGCAAGACCGGCAUCGGAAAAGGGAAGACGGCCAACGCGAACGCGAUCUGCUGGAACUGCCGAAGGUUGACAAAGGCGAGGGCAAAGGAUGCGGCAAUGGGCGACACGCAGAGCACGACCAGCACGCAGCUACCGGCAUCGGACACACAGGCCGGCGCAUUCAACCAGUCACCCGCCGCGCUCAGCCUCGACACCUUCGAGCGCGCGCUGGAGCUGAAUAGCGCGGAGGCGAAGGGCGAGAAGCAGUGCAGGAAGUGCAUCGCGAUGACGUGCGACACCGGCGCCGCCGCCGCGGCCUUCCCGCUCGAUCAGGAGGGCGAGUGCACCGAGGCCGACGGCAGCUCAUGCCGCGCAGCCACCGGCGAGAUCGUAGAGGACGAGGGCGGCGUCGGCAUCAAAGGAGUGUCGGAGCACGGCGAGAGCAUGUUCCUGAAGGGCAGGCGCGUGAACAUCGGCAAGCCGCUCCUGUCCGCCUCGGCCACUGCCGCCAAGGGCCACUUCGCGCGGGUCGGCGCCUUCGGCGGCCGCGUCCUGAAGGAGAGUGAGUUCGCGCAGAAGAUCCACCAGAUGAUCGACCAGUAUACGUGGCUGAGGCGGCAGCGCAAGAGAGUAGAGAUCCCGCUCCCCAGCCUGCUGAAGUACGAGAAGGGAUCGGAGACGGCGAAGACUACGGCGGCAAUCCUCUGGAGGUUGCGCCAGCGAAAGUGCAGGGGCGAAAGCGACCACCUACCCGAGCUGAAGCUGAUCAACACGAGGCUACAGGUCACGCCGCAUUUCGAGAUUGGCUUGAAGUUUGUUGCGCAGCUCGAGGGCUGGGCCAACCUCGUGAACUACAAGCUGAAGCUCGUGAAGGUGCAGCUGCCCUACUCGACAGCGAUCCCGGGCAAGAAUGUCACCAUCUUCAUGAUCAAGAUUCUGACGAGCUUCAUCCUGCACCUCGGCUACCGCAGGCUGACCUUCCAGAUCGACGGGGAGCCCGCGAUCGUGGCGCUCAAGACGGCGGUCGCGGUGGCGACGCCGACGAGCAACGGAGGCAUCGAGGUUACCGUACGAGAGGUCAAGAGGCAGGUCAGGGCGAACAGGGUCGCGCUGGAGGCCAAGCUCGGCAGGAAGGUGGAUGGUGACCACCCGAUCUUGAAGUGGCUGCCCCAGUACGCCGCGGCCUGCAUUGGCCGGUACCGACGCGGAACCGACGGCCUCACUGGAGAACAGCGGCGCUCAGGCCGCGACUGGAAGAAGUUGGGGGCAGAGUUCGGCGAGCGGGUGAUGCACCGUGCGAGGUACGUCCUGCUCCGCGACAUCGAGAAGUACGGUGCCACUGCGGGCUGCCCAGGAUGCCAGGAGCUGACGCAGAAGGGCAAGAUCACGAAAUCCCACAGCGACGAGUGCCGCGACAGGAUCGCAGUGUUCGAGAUCAGGGAGCAGCUGGAGGAGACCAAGCUGCUCUACCGCCGCCCGCUGGAGACGGCGAUCGAGCUCCUGCCCCGGAGCCGAGGGGCACCGAGAUGGCGGCGGCGCCGGCCGGAGGCAGUGGAAGCGAACCGAGCGCUGCCAGGAAGCGCCGAGGAGACGCACCCGACCCUGGACGAGCUACCCGGGCACGAGGCGAUGCGAGAGGAAACUCAGCACCUGCAAGUGCUGAAGCCCGGCUCGCGCUCAAAUGGAUCGAUGGACGCCGACUUCCUGGGGCGGAUCAACGGCUACGGCAAAGGCCGCACGUUUGUCAUGAUCUACGAUCUGGUGAUGUUCGAGAUGCGGACGAACGCCAACGUGAACGACUCAGAGCAGGCAGAGGAGAUCGCGUCACUUCUUACCGAGAUGUGCACAGUGGACACUGCGGAGGUUUUUUCGCCGAGAAGGUUUGCAGAGAUGACGUUCAGGUAUGGUCUCGCGCACGGCCUGGCAGUGGACAUCGACGCUGGUUGGGAUCUGCGAUUGCCCGAGCAACGAAAGGAGUGCAAGAAGCAGCUGAAGGCGGAGAUCCUGGAAGGCGAGACGCACCUCAACUUCAGCAUGGAGAUCUGCAAGGAGCGCUACAAGGCGAUCGACUCCAACGGAAAGUUGGGCUUCGUUCGGAAGGAGACCGGGUGGCUCACUAACAGCGAGCUGCUCGCCGAGAUCCUCAAGGGCUACUGCCGGUGCCCCAGGGGUCCGAACGGAGUGUUCGCUGAGUACCAGGACGACUACUUCAUCGACGAUCUCACGGGCGAGGUUUUGGAUUUCGAGGGCGCGCGAGAAGCGAGGCAAGGAGAACUGGAUUGGUGCCGCGGGAGGCAGGUGUGGAAGAAGGUACCUAGACGCGAGAUGCUCGAGAACGGCAAGAGGGCAGUGACACUGGAGUGCAUUGACACGAACAAGGACGACCGAACUCAACCACGGUAUCGCUCGAGGCUGGUCGCGAGGGAGAUUAAGAAAGCUAUGAGGCCCGAAGAUCGACCGGAUCAAGCUGAACUAUUCUCGGCCAUGCCCCCGCUGGAAGCGUUCAAGGCGAUGGUGGCCAUCUUCGUUGGCCGCGCGAACGACGCCUACCACGACGGCGAAUCAGAGGAGAUCAUUUAUAAGUUUUGCGACAUCUCGAGGGCGCACUUCUAUGGAGAUGUGCAUCGCGAGGUGUAUGUGGAGUUACCCGAGGAGGAGACCCACGACGAUCCGGAAACCAUGGUGGGCAGGCUACUCAAGACAAUGCAUGGCACAGUGGAUGCAAGUCAUUUGUGGCAAGACGACUACAUCGGCCUGACAAGCUCGCACGGCUUCAAGAAGGGCGUCUCGAACCCAGCGCUGCAGUACCACGCCGAGCGCCAUAUACAAGCGGAGGUCCACGGCGACGACUUUGGUGUGAUUAUGCGCAAGUCCCAGGAGGGGUGGUUCGAUGACGUGCUUUCCCGCUACGACUUUAUGGUUAAGGGUAUUAUGAGCAGCAGGGCCCUGCAGGAACAGAGCGUGGUCUAUCUCAACUGGGUGUUGAUCUGGAACCCCUUCGAGCGACCGGCCUGCCUCGAAGCGGACACCCGGCGCGUGAAGAAGGUGAUCAGGGACCUGGGCUCGGAGAACGCGAAGGAGGUGACUACCCCGGCUGUGAAGAGGUCCGUCGCGGAGAUCCUGAGUAGCAACCAGACCUCGCGGAAGCUGGACGACGAGACGGCGAAGACCUACCGCAGCGUGACCAUGCGGAUCAUGUACCUGAGUCUGGACCGGCCCGACAUCAGCUACCGCGCGAGCAUGCAGGCUAGACGCAUGAAGGAGCCGAAGGAGACUCACAUGGAGGAUUUGAAGCGCAUCGGUCGCUACCUGAAGAAGUACCCCGAACGUAUUCAGAGUAAAAGGCUGGUGCUGAAGACGGUCGAUGGGCACUGGAAACGGGCGGACCUGUUCACGAAGGCCCUCGACCAAGACACGAUGAAGCGGCUGAUGAAGCUGAUCUGCUUCACGAUGAAGUUCAACGGUAGCGUGAGGCACCGCGUGCUUUGCGCAGACGGCGCCGACGACCUCGGCGACGGCAGCGGCGGGAGCCUGUGGCUGGGCGCGGAGGACCUGGAGGCGCUGUGCGCGUGCCUGGCCGCAGGUGAGCGGCUCCACGAACGCGCCUCGGCCACGGGCGGCGGCGCUGUGCCGCUGCGGCAGCUGGCGAGGCACGAGUGGGAGCUGCGCCGCGACCACGAAGCGCUGCUCCGCGCCAGGCACGAGCAAGGGCAGCGGGCGGGGCGCGGCCUCCGAGCCGAGCUGCGCCUGCUGCGCGGCCGCGCGCGCCAGCUGCUGGACGCCCCCGGCGUCGAGGUCUGGCCGCGGGCGUUCGCGUGGGAGGCAGAGGCGGCUCAGACCGCCGCCCGCCUGGAGGCCGAGGCGACUUCGAAGGCAGAGCGACUGCGAGGUCUCGUGGCGCAGUUUGAGAGCUUGCACGCGUCGGUCACCAGGUUGCAGGUCCAGUCCGACCUCGAGGCCGAGAGGAGAGGUCUAGCGCAGCACUGCGCCGCGCUGGAGGACCAGCUGGCGCAGAGCCGCGGGGCGCAGGUCUGGCGAGAAGAAGCUCUACCCUUCCCAGACAGCGACCUUUUGAUUCGCACAGCGGUCGAGGCCCAGUCAGGAGCGCUCUCCGCCCGCUGCGUGCACGUGAGCUUCCAGGGCCUCCAGCGCGUGUCGCCCCGCGCGCUGCUGUGCGAGUGCGGCGUGUUCCGACAGGUGCAGAACUUGGGCCACUUGCAGUUUGCACUGCAGGAGGUGCAAGCACGCUUCGAGGAGCUCGGCGUCUUCAAGUCCAUGCGUGCCAACGUGUCGUUGAGGUCGGAGGGCCACGUCCGCGUGGCCUUCGCCGCGGAGGAGAGGCGCCGGGAGCUGUCCGUCAGCACCAACGUGGACCGCAGGGGCGAGGUGUCGGUGGACGCGCGCGCGGUGCAGCCGGCGGUGUUCGGAGGUCCGGCGUGCCUGACCGGCUCGGUGGGCACCAACGCCAGCCAGGCGCGCGAGUUCUUCGUCGGCCUCUCCACGCCUCGCUUGCUGGGCUUGCGCUGCUCCGGCGCCCUCAACUUCGCGCGCUCCACCGCGGAUGAGACGCAGGCCUCGAGCUACAGAGAGCACGUGACCCAUUGCGUGCUGCGGGCAGCCAGCCUCAGCGGCACGCACACGCUCGCGGUGGAGGCCGCACUGAGGGAGCUCGAGCCGGUCGCCGGCAAGCACCGGCUGCCCUCCGUGGAGGUGCUGCGGCAGCCGCUCAGCUCGGCGAAGACGUCGCUAAAGUACUCCCUUGCGCUCGGCAGGGGCGACGGCGGCGCCCGCCUGCGCGCGGACCUGGAGGCCGCCGUGCUGCCCGGCGACGCGCGCUUUCUCCGCGGCGGCGCGCAGGCGAGCGCCUCGGGGGCGCUGCCGCUAGGCCUGGCGUGGCGGGCGGUGGGCGCGUGCGGGCUGCUCUGCCCGCUGGGCGGCCGGCCCAGCUGCAUACAGGACCGCUUCUUCCUUGGCGGGGCCUCGGGCAGCGCCUCCGUCGUCAAGGGCUUCGGGCACCACGGCGCCGGCCCGGCGGGCCUCUGCAGGCCCGCGGGCGGAGACGGAGCGCAGGCGGAGUCCGGCGGGCGCCUGGCGGACGCGCUCGGCGGCGACGUCAUGCUGAACGCCUACGCCGCGCUGUCGGCGCCGCUGCCGGCGCUGCAGGCUGGCGACGCCGGAGCCGUCCACGGCAGGGCGUUCGUCUUCGCUGGCCUGGGGUCGCUGUGCAGUCCGCCAGCGGGCGGCCUGCGCGCCGGCCUCGCGGGCGGCCUGCGCGCCGGCGCGCGCGCCUCCGUGGGCGUCGGGGUGGCGGUGCCGAUGCCGGGGAUGGGCAGCCUGGAGGCGACGCUGGCGCAGCCCGUCUGGGCUCAGCAGCACGACGUCCAGCAGAGGUGGCAGCUGGGGCUGCGCGUGGACGUCGGCGGCUGA